AUGUCCGACGGCGGAGACCAACCACAAACACAGAGACCAUGGGCCAGUCCUCGUCAGCAACCAAUAAAAGGUAUCGUUCAACCUCGAGUGUUGCCCCCAUUCGGAAAGCCAACGCGACACACGAACAAACUUGACUAUAUCAUGACCACAGUUCUGAAAGAAGCAGCGAAACACAAGCACGUUUGGCCAUUUCAGAAGCCCGUUGAUGCAGUUACUCUAUGUAUUCCUCUCUAUCAUGAAAGAGUUCUCCGUCCGAUGGAUUUGAAAACAAUUGAAAGCAGAUUAAAGAGUACAUACUACACUUGUGCGCAGGAGUGUAUUGAUGAUAUCGAAACGGUUUUCAACAAUUGUUAUACAUUCAAUGGCAAAGAGGACGAUGUGACAAUUAUGGCUCAAAAUGUACACGAGGUUAUCAAAAAGUCACUGGAGCAAGCACCACGGGAGGAGCAUGAUAUGGAUGUUUAUUGGGGGAAAAACAAGAAAAAGACUGGAAAGGAUGGAGUUAAAGCCGGUGCUGCUUCUGUCAAAAGAGAAGCACGAGGACCAUCGGAGCAACCAUCGGAGGCUGGAAGUGAAAUUUCUUCGGUGCUGGCGGGGAAGCCCGAACGAAAAGUUGCUGGUAAAAAGACUGGAAAGCGGAAAGCCGAGUCUGAUGAGGAAGAGAAACAAGAAUCUCAUCGAGCCAAGAGGGAUGUCCCAGUUGUGAAAAAAGAAGUACAUCAGCCACUCCAUCCCUCAUUGAAGCCGUGUAGCAAGCUUUUGUCUGAGUUUUUCUCGAAAAAGUAUAAUGAAUUCACGUGGCCUUUCCAUGAUCCAGUGAAUGCAGCAGAAUUAGGUCUUCAUGAUUAUCACAAAAUCAUCAAGGAACCAAUGGACAUGAAAACAAUCAAAAGAAAACUGGAAUGUGGCGAAUACAAAGAACCCGCCGAUUUCGAGCGCGAUAUUCGACUAAUGCUCAAUAAUUGCUUCAUCUACAAUCCUAUUGGAGAUCCAGUUCACAACUUCGGAAAGAAAUUUGAAGAAGUUUUUGAUAAGAGAUGGGCAGAAAUGGGAGAUGCAAACUCUCGUGCGUCAUCAGUCGCGCCUCAAUCUGCUCCUGCUCCUCUACCACCAUCUACUCCAAAAAUCCCAAAAACGGCAACGAAAGGGUCAAAAAAGGAGAAAGAGAUUAAAACUGAACCAGCAACUACUUUUUUUGAGUCAGGCGGCGCGAAAUCGGAGGAUAUAAUGCAAAUUAAUAAUGCGUUGAGUAUGUUACGAGAACGACAAGCUCGGUUACGCGCCGAAUUGGCAGCCACAGUAUCAAUGGAAGAGAAAGUGACAUCUAUAAAAAGUAGGAGAGAAGGUCAUCCAAAUGAGCCAUUUCCGGAUAAACUCAUCACUGAAGUUCGAAUCAUGUGCACAACACCAAUAUCUCCUGGAGCUUCUACAUCGACAGCAAGUGGAAGUGCAAAUAACACUACGAAUAAGAAUGGCCGUGUCAAGAAGCCAAAUCCUACCGGUCGACAACAUGGGUACGACUUUGAUUCUGAUGACGAAGAAAACAAACCAGCGUUGACAUAUGAUGAAAAACGAAAUUUGAGUCAUAUGGUCAAUCGACUACCGGCCCCACAAUUGAGCACUAUUAUUUCUAUUAUUCAGAGGAGAGAAUGCAGUGCGCUUACACAACAAAGCAUAGAUGACAGUGAAAUUGAACUGGAUUUCGAGUCACUUGGAGAUAUGUGUUUGCGUGAAAUGGCAGCAUUCAUGAAGACAAUUGAAAUGAAGCCAGCUAAAGAUGAAGACGAAAAUCCGAAACCAUUCAGGCCCGCAGCUCCUACUAUAUCAGAAAAAGCUCCAUCAGCAGCUCCUUCAACUAGUAGUAAGCCUGAGAAGAAGAAGAAAUCAGAAAAAUCAUCAGAGAAGAACUUCAACAUGUCGGAAUCAUCGGAUGACGAAACAUCGACCGGUCGGAAGCGGCGGAAGAAGGACAGCAGUGAAUCAGAGAGUUCAUCUUCCAGUGAUGACGAUUCAGAUGAUGAAGGGCCAAGUAUUCCUCGAAAAUCGGGACAACCUCCAUCGUCUGAAUGGAAACAAUCAGCGCCACCACCACGAAUGGGUGGAAUGGGAGGACAACCGCCGAUGGCCCGUGUACCUCCACCUCCUCCAAAUACGGGAAAGAAUGGACAAGGAGGCAGUUCGAGUUCUUAUCAAGCAACAACGAAAACACCAGCCGCGCCUUCUUCGAUUCCUGCACAGAAGCCUAAAACUGCAACUUCAAUUGGAGUAACACCGAAAAAUAGUGAUAAAGGAAUGAGAAAAGAGAAAGGAGUCAGUAUUUUGGAUUCACUACUUCCAGAUACUUUUGGAUCAUCACAGCCCGGACCAAGUGCAUCGGUUAAUGUGACCUCAUCUACAGAUAAUGGACUAAACGGUGGAGGACAUGCUGAGAAUGGCGAAAACGAAGCAGCUAGGAUUCAUCGAUUGCGGAUGGAGGCGAAACGGGCACGUCAACGAGAAGACGAAAACAGUCUGUCGAUGACGAAUCAGAUGGAAAUGAUGUCAGCAUUUGAAUAUGAUAAUACUUAUUGA